GAGUCCUCUAUCAUGGCCUCAGAAUGGCUAUCUAGCAGUCUUUUAACGCGUCUGUCGCUCCACUCGCACACGCAGCGUUGCCAAUCUUCAAAUAUCUUCAAUAGACAUCAAUGACAAUUGUGCCUGAUCUGACUGACACCCUCCACGUGAUGAGGUUUCUAGGGUGUGCUGAGGUGGUAGCAGUGUAACUGGCGCGGAGAACUCGCAGUCGCACUUGUUCCUUAGUGGAGAAUGUCUGGGGGUACCCACCCCGGAGACCUUCCCCAACAAGCCGAAAACCUGUCUGGUGCACUGGAGCAGGGGACCUUGGUGUCUUUCAAAUUUCCUUUAAAUCAGGAGAGUAUUCCUGCAAGAUGAGAGUAGCACCCAGAAACAUCUGAGCCCUCGUCAAGCACAAGUUGUGCCAUGGAAGCACCAUUGACACCAUCACAAUGCGAUGCUUUGCCCCCCAAAUCAUCUGCGCCAUGAUCGGCUUCGGACUGCUGGGAUCCGCCAAAGGGCUUGACGAAGGUCUGAUUGCGACUACUGUGGACCUGCCGUCUUUCAUUCGGGAGUUCAAGCUCCAUGCCAGCAGCCUCAGUGCAGCUGAGCAAGCCAACCGGUUGUCGAACAUCACGUCCAUGGUGAACCUCGGAUGCUUACCCGCAGCAGUGCUAGCCUUUUUGCUUAGUGAUAGCGUGAGCCCGCUGUGGAUGAUGCGGCAGUUGUGCGUGCUCUGGAUCGUGGGAGUGGCGCUAGUGAUCUCGUCGGCGGGUAACUAUGGCCAGCUGCUCGCGGGUCGCUUCAUCGUGGGGUUGGGUAUUGGCCAAGCUGGCAUUAUCGGGCCCAUUUAUCUUGCUGAGAUUGCGCCGGCCUCGUGGCGGGGUAUGAUGGUGGGUGUGUAUGCUGCUUCGGAGUAUGUGGGUGUUUUAAUAGGGUAUUUUGCUGGGUACGGCGCGUCACUGCAUAUCGCCAACAAUAACGACCAGCAAUGGAUCAUUCCGCAGUCGAGUCAGAUUAUGAUGGCCGGCUUCAUUCUCAUUGUGUCUAUCGGCUGUGUCGAAAGCCCCCGCUAUCUAUGCCAGAAGCAGCACACCGACCGGGCCACACGAGCCCUAAGUCGGCUGCGAACCCUCCCCGAAGACAGCCCCGAGAUCCAGGACGAGAUCGAAUCUAUCCUGCAGCAGACAGCACAAAAUACAUUUAAAAAGCUCGGUCAAUCUCUACUGACCUCAUGGAAACUUUUGUUCGGCCAGUCAGCCAACCGCAAACGCUUUUUGUUCCUGCUCUCAGCCCAACUCCUGAGUCAAUGGUCCGGCACCAUCGCGAUCACAACAUACGCCCCCAAAUUCUUCUCCCUUCUCGGCAUGACCGGCUCCUCAGAGAAACUCUUCAAGACCGCCAUCUUCGGCGCCGUGAAACUGGCCUCCGCCCUCCUCUGCGCCGUACUGUUUCUUGACCGCCUCGGCCGUAAACGCUGCCUCAUGCUGGGGAUCACCCUGCAGGUGCUCGCCCUGCUGUACGUGGCCAUCUACCUCACCGCGCUGUCCUCCAAAUCAGAUAGCAGCGCGUCCGCCCAUCGCGCGGCCAUCGCCGCCAUCGCGGCUAUUUACAUCACAGGCGUCGGGUACGCCUUUGGCUGGAACUCGAUCCAGUACCUGAUCACGGCGGAGAUGCUGCCCACCGCCGUGCGCACACUAGGGACGAGUCUGCUGAUGUGCGUGCAUUAUGCGAAUCGGUUUGCACUUACCAAGGCCGUCCCGACGAUGAUGCUGGCGGACGCGCUGCAACCGAAAGGCACCUUCUGGUUCUUCUUCGUGGUGGCGAUGCUGGGUUUUCUAUGGGGGUUGUUCCUCUUGCCGGAGACGAAGGGGAGGAAGUUGGAGGAGACGAGUCGGUUGAUCUCUUGAUCUCCCCUUCUCUUGGUCGACUGAAGAAGUCAAUGAUGCUAUUACAUUGCACGGAAAGAUUAUUGGCCGCUCCCAGUGUAGUAGCAUGGUUCUGCGUUUCUUCUGGUGCCGUUGUAAGCGUUGCCAGGGGCAAGCGUCAACCUCGCUUACCUAAAGUCCUCCACAAAUCAGAGAAGGCUGUGGAGUUGGAUAAUCCACUUAGUGGUUGAGGCAUGCUAGUGCAGGAAGGUGCAUGUCGAUUCGAUUUUCCCCGUAUCUUGUUUCCCCAAAACCCAAUCCUGGAUAUUUACAAUAGUACAAAUGAAAGGGUC